GCCGGAUCGGUCCGGGUGACGGGCGUUCAUUCAGCCCGCUGAUCAGUUAAGGCGCGGACCGGCGGCUCUGGGUGACCUCGCCUACGAUCAGCAGCUGCACCGACACCAUUUCAUGCUGCGUGCAAGCGACAUGCCAGCGGUGGGCGGGGCCACGGAGUCCAUCACGUGACGCCUUCUCGCCCAAUCCACCACCAAACUGGCACCUUCGCCACAGUCAGCUGAGCGGUGUGGGGGCGCGUGGAGCGCCACUAGAGGAGGGGAAACGUGCGCGGAGUGCGCGGGAAAACAGCCCCACGCUGGGACAGGGGAAUGAAUCUUCAAGAUAAACUGCAGCUUGCUGCUUAAACUUGUAUGUUUCACCAUCAUGGAGAAAAAUCAGACACCGAAAGGUGACCAAGAAUGUGGAAGUAAACCACCAUCAAAUACUCCUGCUUAUUUUGUCAUCUUGCACCAGUCACAGGGUGAUGGAUCAAAAGAAGAAGGGAUCCUUGUAGCCAACCGAGAUGUAUCUUCUGUUGCGCCAUUUGUCUCGGUCACACCUGACAAAUCAAAAUCUGAUGUCUUUCUCUCAGCCAAUUGCGUUUCUAAGGAAAUUACUGUGACCCUUGACAAUAAUAACAUGUGGAAUGAAUUUUACCGCUGUAGCACUGAAAUGGUUUUAACAAAGCAGGGAAGGCGGAUGUUUCCCUAUUGUCGCUAUUGGAUAUCUGGUUUGGAUCCUUAUCUGAAGUACAUUCUUGUUAUGGACAUUACUCCAUUGGACACCCAUCGGUAUAAGUGGAAUGGAAAGUGGUGGGAGUCCGGAGGGAAAGCAGAACCACACGUUCUGGGUAGGGUAUUUAUUCACCCAGAGUCUCCAUCUACAGGUCAAUUUUGGAUGCAUCAGCCAAUUUCUUUCUAUAAACUCAAGUUGACCAAUAAUAUUUUGGACCAAGAGGGUCACAUCAUUCUUCACUCCAUGCACAGAUACUUGCCACGUCUACAUGUGAUACCUGCUGAGAAGGCCACUGAAGUAAUUCAACUUAACGGUCCUGAUGUUCAUACCUUCACUUUCCCACAGACAGAAUUUAUUGCAGUCACAGCAUAUCAGAAUUUUCAGAUUACCCAACUGAAAAUUGAUUGCAACCCUUUUGCCAAAGGGUUUCGGGAAGGAGCUGUGUUGGGACGAUUCCCUAAAGAGUCUAAGCACAAAGAUUCAGAACAAGGCUCUGCAGACAGCAAAGUACAUGUAGAAAAUGACGAUCCUGAAAGUAUCAAAAAGUUGAGGGAAAUAUUCAGAAUGUCUGAGCAUUCAGACUGUGAUACCGAGAAUGAAGUUUUCAAUGCUGGGCAUGACGUGCUAAAUUCCACAAAUGCACUGUCCAGAAUAAAAGAAAUUUUACAACAAAAGGAAGAUAACCGUGACAGGUGUGAUGAGCGCUCUGGCACGGCAUCUCCACCUGCACAGCCUAAUAUUAAAAUCAAACAGGAACCAGAGGAUAACUAUGAUUACAAUAAGACUAUAACAACAGAAAGACUACAAAUUAAGCAAGAAGAAUCAGAGGAUGAAGUAACUGAUGAGUAUUCAAACAGUGAUGAUGACUAUCCUAUAUUAGAGAGACACUUUGCACGGUUCACGGCAGGACCUCACCGAGGCAGGAAGCGCUCAUCUCAAAACAUCCCUUCUGGGGUUGCAAAAGCAAAACUGUUAAAACUAGGCAAUAGUAGUCUGCCUAAGGUAUAUCUGAAGUCCUGUCUCACUGACAAAAAUGCUGUGGAGCUUCCUGAUUUGCAAGAUCCUGUCUUGUCUGACAGCGCAACACAAAGCACAGGGGUAUGUGACACCCCCCUCUCUGAAGAAAGGUGUCUCAUUUCUCCAAGCCCAACUAUUAUUUCCAAUAUUAAAGAAGAGUUCUCAGAAAAAAGCAAGAGUGAAAGAUGUAAAUACAAAGUUAAUGUGAAGUGUGAAACUCCACAGACUGCAUUGAGCACCCCCCAUCUUCCAAAACAGAAGCUCCCUUUCCUGCUACAUAAAUCUUCAGUAACAGGAACCCCUGGAAAUGAGAUGCCCAUAGUGAAAAAGAGAGGGAGACCUCGCAAGCCUAAAGUUUCUAAGGUAGGACGCCCAACAAAAAAAGGCAGUCCCAUUGAAGCUCCACGAUUGUGCCCAGAUUUCAAUCCAGACCUCGAAGAUGUGGACGGAGUCCUAUUUGUUGCUUUUUCUUCAAAGGAAGCGUUGGCUGUGCAUACAGGGAAGAAGCCCAAGAAUACUGGAACAUUCCAUUUUCCUGCUCAACCAGACUCCAGUGGAGAAAAUGAGGAAGCACGGAAGAUUGCAGAGUUGGAGAGACAGCUGGUGGCUCAGCUGAGGACAAUGAGAUACAGACAAGUCAUCCACCCAGCCCUACAACAAGUGGGUUUAAAACUGAACAUUGUAGAUCUUACAAUGAGCAUUGAUCUCCGAUAUCUGGGAGUUGAGCUUCCAUUGCGACGUAUUACCAAUAAUUCAAGAUGGGACAUUUAUGGCUUAUGUGCACAAGCUUCGGAGUUCCCAUUUAUGUCCAGAACUGGAAAGACGUCUGAUUAUACAAAGAUUAAAGGUUGGCGAGAUAAAUUUUCUACGAACUCAACAGUUCCACCAAUUAAAAUUGAAGCCAUCAAAACAGAAAAUUCUUUGAAGAAUCGCUCUGCCUUCUGCAGUGAUGAGCUUGAUGAAUACCUGGAGAAUGAAGCAAAGUUGAUGGGGGACAUCAAAGGACUUUACAAUAAUGAGCCAGUGUCAUCUAUAAGCUACCAGCUUCCCACCAAAAGUAGCAGCUAUGUGAGGACUCUGGACAGCGUUCUAAAGAAGCAGGCUCCACAGCCAAAACCUUCUUCAAAUUCUUUACAGCCACUUCCUUUGCCAAUUAAAAAGCGCAAGUAUACACGCAGAAACUUUACUCCAAAGGCAAAAUCUAAAUCAAAGUCCAUAUCGCCGCCCAUUGUUACCAUAAAGGAGAAACUUGGCAAGCCACGUUCUGCCGGGAAAAAGAAAAAUAUUACAGCACCCUGCACGGAGGAAACAAAUACAGUUCCAUUUUACAAGGGGUGCUUGCCUGCCGCAUCCCAACCUAUGAUGAAACCACCAGUGGCUGAACAUAAAGUUAAAAUUCAGCCACCUGUGGGAAAAAAUGUGUGUCAGAGUCUGCAAGGUACUCUGAAGCCUCAUGGACUUCAAAACGCUCAGUUGAAGCUUAUGUAUCUAGAGGAGUGUGCUGUAUGGGAAGGGAAGCCACGCACGUUAAUCACAGAGGAACGUGCAGAUUUUUCUCUGUCCACUCUUCUGACAGCCCAGGCUUCUCUGAAAACCAAACCUAUGUACAAAAUGAUUUACAGACGGGCACCCUCAUGCAACAAAGAAUUUUGCCGUCUGGGUUGUAUCUGUUCAAGUCUAAGUCUCGCAAUGCCCAAAGCUACUCAUUGCCGCCGAGUGAACUGUAUGCUUAACUGUGAUUGCCUGAAGAGCAAAUUAUACCUUGGAAAAGAUGGAUUUCAGGUUAAAUCAGCCAGGCCUACACAAGAAGAAGAAGAUGAUGCUGAGGGUAAGGAUUAUUCAUCUUCCAUUUAUGAGGAUUGCAAUAACAAUCAACAAGCAGAAAACAAAACACAUGAAGCUAUAUCACCAGUGAAAAAAGAAUUUAAGGAAAUUGUUGAAGACUUUAAAACAAAAAAGAGGAAAGCUCUUGAUUGCAAUGACAGGGAUUCAGAAUUCCAGUCCUUUAAAUCUUACCCCAUUUGGAAUAGAUCUGAUUUGGAGAAUGAUCCAGAGCCAAUUUGUAUUCCUGAACAAGCAGAAUUUGUGGAUUCCAAGGAGCUACACUACAAAGUACCCUUACAGAAGAGCAAGUCCUCUGCGGUAACUAAAUCUAGUCACCUCCACACACCCACCACUGUGGUCCCUCCGGAAGAGAUGGAUCCUAUCUAUAAGUAUUUUGACAGCAUGAUGACAUGUGCACGAGUAAGGGUCCAUGAGCGUAAAGCACCAGACGAGAAAGCCAAGAAAGACCAGUGCAUAGAUGAUGGCUUUGACACCUCUGGAAAGGACCAUGGCUAUAAAUCAUGCAGACGCAGAGAGCAGGCUAUGGAAGACCCAGGACAGGAGGAGCUUGGAGCUGAAAAACGCUGGAAAGUAGACACUGGUAGCACUAAAUUGAUUGACAUCAUGUCAGACUGCAACUGGGAAGAAGACCGUAGCAAAACCCUCAAUAACUUGUCACAGAGCAUGAAUAGCAGAGAACCUCAGUCCUUUAAAGUGGGCAGCUUUAAUAUUCAACUUGUGUCUGAGAAUAAGCAUGGAGAUAAGUCUGUGUCGUCUACCGCUGCUUCUCGAGUGAAGAUCUCAAUGGAUCCUGGUCAGAAGACAAAUAAAACUAUUGCAAAGCCACCGCUUGUGAAGCGGGAUACUGAAAGCGUGAAACCUCUAGACCAAAACCCCCAAGAUAUCUGUGCUGAGAAAGAAACAAAGUCUCAUGGAGGGAAAGGUCUUCCAUUCUAUACCAAAGUCCUUCCAGCAGGCAAACUAGUGGCUCGUUUAAAAAACUCCACCAUCAAUCAAUCAGAGCUAAUUCAGGUCAACGGAAAAAGUUACCCUCAAGCCAAAUUGCUUUUGGGCCAAAUGGGAGCACUUCAUCCGGCUAACAGACUUGCAGCUUAUAUUACACACCGACUUCGGCCUAGCCUAUUCCAUCUAUCAAAACUUACUGAGGCCCAUGUGAAGAUGGCCAACAAAAACCCUACACUAGAGUCUAAUGUGAAUUCCAAAACUACCUGGUCUGUAGAUGAAACAGGGGUCACUUCACUGCAGCAUAAUACUGCUGUACAAUCCACGCCCAGCAAUGUGUUCACUCAGAUUGUCAUUGGUGACGUUAGAUCUCUGCAUCAGGAAAUGCCUGAAGUCUCCUCUCCUGAAUCCACCAUAACUGGAUUGCCAAAGCUGACCACACAAUCUACACGGCUGUUAUUUGUCACUUCUCCAGCAGCAUCGGGCAAGCAAGCCCCAGUCGUCGCCUACUCAUCUGCUGUGAACAUGACAUCUUUAUCUGCUCCAUCACUCUCUUCAGGUGCCUUAGGCACUAUUUCACCCACUAGAACCCAAGCUUCCUCUUCAGCUCUGUCCUUGACACCUGAAACAAAGCUUAUAAUAAAAGGCGCUUCUGUUUCCAUCCCAGCAGGAUUAGUAGCAUCAUCAUCCAAUGAUGGCAUACACACAGUGACUUUAACAACUGUUCCUUCUACUAAAAAGUCUGUAACCACACCAUCCAUACUAUCUUCACCUUUAGUAAAAGCUUUACCUCCUCAAGUGACUUCAGCUGCCGCCUUUUGUGGUACUGAUAAAGCCAUUGCUACUUCAUUGGCAAAAAGCUUGGUCACUUCUACUGAUCUGCCAACACAUGAAUCUGUUGCUCCACUGGCUGGAACAAAUAUUGCACCAUCACUGACAUUGAAAACUGUGGCCCCGUCGUCUGUAUCAACACUAAGCCCCACCGCUGUAACCUCUGGAUUAGACAAACGCUUGGGCCCUCGACUUCUGCUAAUACCAGUUUCCACUGGUUCUACUCCUGUUCGCCCAGUGCAGUGUGUGCAGACAGCCCCUGGGCAGAAAAUGGUCUUGCAGCCUAUUAAGACUCCUAAUGGAGUGAACUUAUUUAGACACCCUAAUGGGCAAAUUCUCCAGCUUGUGCCAUUGCACCAAGUUCGUACUGGGAACACUCAGCAAAGCAGUCAGCAAGUUGUCAUCCGUAAACAAGGUCCUGCUAUGGGUAUCCGCAUUCCUCUUCCAACCAAGCCUGAAUCUGUCUGUCCUACAUCUUCUUCCAUUUCAUCAACUUCCAUUACGUCUGCUCCAGCUGCUUUACCAGUUGUCACAAUUUCCAAGACCAGCCCAGUAAAAUCUGGUGUUACAAUUGUUCCAUCAAAUCCAUUUGUGCUUUCUCAAUUUGGUACACUAACAAUGAAUACCGCUCAAUCUGCAGUUAGUGAUGUCUCUUUGCCUCCUUCUAAAGUUGUAGCUUACUCUAGUGGUGUAGUUCCAACUAAUGUGACACCACUUCAGUCAGGAGGCUUUUCUUUAGUAAAGGUUCCACCAUCUGCUGUUCCUAGUGCCAGCCCGCAAAUCUCUGCUCCUAAAUCCAACAUUGUACUAAUGAUUGAUAAACCAGAAGUUGUUAAAGAUUCAAAUAAUGCAGAUAAACCGAAGGCUGAUUUAUUAUUAAGCCCUGUAGAAUCUGCUUUAAAUGAAAAACUGGCUUGGGAAGACAAUCUACCUUUUGAAGAACUGCCUCGAUCAGAAAGAAAGACUGAAGUGCAAGACCAUACUGAAGAUUCUGUUAGAGGUGUGCAGCAAGAGGGCAUAACUCAAUCUAAAGAGAGGAUGAGUAGUGGGGAACCCUGUAAUGAAUGGAGCAGUAACAAACAUUCAUCAAUGAAAGAUGAUGUAGCAGAUAAAUUCAAAGCAUCAGAUGGAGCACUGUUACAAGAAUUUAGUAAGAAAAGAGCCCAUAGCCCUACAGAUAAAGGAACUCAAAGACCAGCUUUUAAAAGCAACCAGAGCCUUGUGAAAGGAGACCAAAGCUCAAGUGAAACUGUAUUACCAUGUGACCCAAAGCAAGUGGAGUCAGCAGCCUCUUUGUCAGCUGACCAGCAGAUACUGAGGGAAACUGGGGAUAAAUCAACUAAAUCAUCCCUAUUCAAAGAAAACAACGCAAGACAUGAGAUCGUAGCAUAUACAGCAAAUCAGCAGAAAGUUGAAAACCUUACAGUGGAUCUACUUGUCAAAGACUCAACUAAUGAUGAGAGAGAAAUUCCUGACAUUGACAAAGACAUAUCUGAAUGUAACUCCAGUAGUGAUGAUUAUAGUGAAGAUAAUUCAUCUGUUGAUGUUGAAACUGUGGAAGAACUUUCUGAGAAGAUUAAAAUAGCUCGUCUGAAGGCAACUGCACCUACCGUCACUUCAGAUACAGAGAAAUAUGGGACUCAGUCUAAGUUUUCAAUAGGACGCAAGAAAGGUUUCAAGAUGAAUGGAAAUUAUAUUUCUACGGUAGAUGAUAAAAAUUACAACGUAUAUUAUCGUCGAAACCACACUGCAAAUGAGCGUAAGAGAAGAAAUGAUAUGAGGGAUCUCUUUGACGAGUUGAAAAAUGCUCUUGGACUUCACAAUCUUCCAAAAGUUUCAAAGAGCUAUAUACUUAAACAGGCCAUAGAGGAGAUUGAGGGGUUGACUGAUUCUGCAGACACGCUUAUAAGGAAAAAGACCUCCUUGUCUCAGAAACAGAGUAAAUUGAUCAAGAAAUUGUCAAAACUUUCAGGAAAACCAAAAGAAGUUGUGCUGAAAAAACUUGAGUACGUAUACGCAAAGCAAAAAGCCGUGGAAGCAGAGAGAAAGAAGCUUAACUUGGAGGAGGACCUUACUCCUCUUAAAUCAUCUGCUAACAGCCCUUCUCCAAAGAGAAAUCCUUUACCGCCACCUUUGAAACUGGAGGAGGAAACAAAUGAAGCGUCAAGUAGUAAAACUAAGAAACCAAUCAUACUUGCAAGGAAGCCUGUGUUGCUUUCUAUGGAGUCAAAGCCACAUCAGCUGGAUGUCCCCUUAGCCUCGUCCAAUUUACUAAUGGCAGCUACAGGACAAGAGGUGACUCUGAAUGAAGCUGGAGUAGCUGGACAGGUUGCUGGAAUUCCUCCAACACUCUUACAGGCUGAUCUGAGUCCUGCACAAUUGCAGCCAGGAAUGACUUCUGUGGUGAUUCAGCUUCCUGGUGCAAUACAACUCAAAGGUAUUAUUGGCAAUGGUCCUGGCCCCAUCACUUUAUCUGCUGUACCUGGCACCAUCUCUGCAUUGGCACAAUCACCCCCUGAGUCGGAUGAUCUGUCCAUGAUGCCAAAGAUUGUGAAUGUCACUUCUUUAGCUAAUGAUGUCUCCUCAGAUUUGAGCAGAGAAUUGGGAAUGUACACACCUGUGGUUGAAAAGGGCACCAAAUGUGAUGCACACACACCUUUACCAGAGCCUGCAGUGGAAGAUAUCAUGUCUUUCCAAGCAAUGAAUGAAGUGUCUUCUAUGUCAUAUGUACCAUCUAUGUCCAUCCUGCUUAACAAUGCCGAAGAAAAUUUUCCUGAUUUGGAAACACAAGGUCCAGAUGGUGAUCUUAUAGACCAUCUCCCACUGAGUGUCAUCAGCAGCACUAAUAAUGAGAUAUCUUCAAAGAGUGUCAGUAUGGAUCAUUCUUCCUUUAGCAAAUUGUCAGAAAAUUUUAAAGAUUCUGAACUUGAGCUAGAGCUCAAUAAAUUAUCCUGUGCCAUUGAUAAUGUAGGGCUAGAUCCCAGUGCGUUAUCUGAUGUAAUUGGUGAUCAGGAAGACGCUGAUGAAACGCUUACAUCUCUUCUCAAUGAAAUUGCUUUACUUAAUCAACAGUUAAACAAUGACACCGAUGAUUUGGACUCCGACUUUGCAGGAUCAGACACCGUGUCCCGGUGCAGUGUGAGCAAGUUUACAGAUGGGGAUUCUUCUCCUUUCUCUUUUGGAAGGUUCAGGGAACUAUCUGAAACAAGAGAGAAGAACAUUUCACUUAGUCCUUUGUUCCUGCAGCUAGAAGAGGGAGAAAUCCAGGAAAGUAUCAAACAUAAUGAUGAUGGAGGUAUUGUGGUUUUUGAAGACAUUGUUACGAAAGAACCAUUGAUAAAUGUGGUGGAGAAACCGUGUGGGGUCCAGAAGCCUCAGGUUACUGUGUUAUCUUGUCAAACAACUGAGAAACAAUUGAGCUCCGGAUCAGAUGUACUUUGGAAACCAAUGCCCAAACUGGCACCACUUGGAUUAAAAUCUCCUACAUUGACGAGUGAUCAGAAGAUAUUGGGAAGCCUACCGAUGCCCACAUUGGCAUCGGUGGCAAUGAGACUAAAUCCACCAAAACCUGCAGACUAGACAGAAUUUGAGAGCGUUUUUCCUGCUUGACAUGUAAUAUAGCAAUCCUAAUUGGUACAUGGUGCAAAAAUCCUCCAGCUACUUGAAGUAUACCCUUAGUAUUGUUUGUUACGUCCCUAUUAACAAUGCUGGUGCUGAACACUAUAGCAUACGGCAACCUGGUUAGGUUCAUCAGAAAUGCAGACGGCCAUUGUAUGUACUGCACCUAGGCUGUGUUCUGAAAUACUGUAAAUCAUGUCUUACUUCUCCAGCAAACACACAAUAUGAAGCAUUCCAUAUGGAACUUUGAUACAUGUCUCCUAAUACUGGAACCCAGUUGCAGAUUACUCUGGUUUAACCACAGGUGCCUCAGUCUAAUCACUACAGCUGAAUCUGCAGCCAAUCACUUUUCUACAUGCACUUUACAACAUAUGUUGUCACAGCUUACCUAAUAUUGUGGACAGUAUUCGAUUUCCUUCGUCACUCCCCUCCCUCUUUUACUUGGCAUGAUUGUCAUCACUGCUGCUUCAGUGGAUUAAAUAAUCAUCACUCUUACAGUAUAUAGGACUUUGAUGCUGAAGAAAGUGUAUAUAUAUAUUUUUGAUAAACUUUUGUACACAGGAUUUUUUUUUACUCUGAUUAUGUAUUGCUCCUGUAAAUAUGAAGUGUAUGAUUUAUGGUCUGCUCUCAUUUCUUUGGGCUUAUUCAGUAUAAAUUAUGAUUGUUUGCCUCUGUUGUAAGGGGCCCUCAAGUGAGUAGUGUUUGUAGCAGCUGUCUGUAGUCUGCUUUUCUUGCUGUUCUAUCUUGAGGAAAUUUCUGAUUUAAUAUGAGUUUAUUAUGACAAUUUGUGUUAGGGUUUCUGUUUUUUGUUUGCAAAGUGGGGACGUAUUUCGUAAGUGGUCUCACAAUUCUGCAUUAUGAUGUGGCUGCACACGUGAUGUGAAUGUGCAGCACGAAUGGCCUGUACGUCUCUCUAAAGCAAUAAUGCAUACUAACCAUAUGUAACUGACUUCAAUGUACAACUAAUGCUGUUUUGACUACUGGUAUAAAUCGGUCAUCUUAUAAAUAUGCAGUUAGAGAAAUCUAUGAUUUAUAUAGUAUGCUAGAUCAGGAAGACAGUACAAACGCCUAAGACUAGGUCUUCUUUUAUGUGUUCUGUAACGUUCACAUACAAAAUUCUAAUUGGUGCUAAAUAAAAGCUGGACAAAUUUAUAAAUAAAA